AUGCCCUCAUCGUGGCGGACGACGAGCUCGCAGCGCGGAGCUGCCACUGGGUGGUGGGACGAAAGAAAGCAGGUGACCGGAAAGAUUACGUCAUGGUCGCGGCCUUUACCCUCCGGCUUCUCUUUCCGUCCGCCCAUGUUGGUCCGUCGUCUCCGCCCCACUCCCUACUUCCGCGCGUUCCACGACCUCCGCACGUACCAAGAGGAUAUCCGCUGGCCUGGCUGGCAGGUAAUAAUUGGAAUAGAGACCCAUGCACAGAUAAAGUCGCAUCGAAAGCUCUUUUCAGAAUCCCUGACUUCGGCUCCUGAUGAUCCUCCAAACACACAUGUCUCCCCAUUUGACGCCGCAUUUCCUGGGACACUUCCUAAAGUGAACCCAAAAUGUGUUGACUUGGCUCUCCGCACAGCAUUUGCCCUCAAAUGCCGCAUAGCACAUCGCUCGUCAUUUGACCGAAAGCACUACUUCUACUCCGAUUUACCCUCGGGUUACCAAAUCACCCAACAAUAUGCUCCCCUGGCAAAAAAUGGAGAGCUUGAAGUCCAAACACCCGGCUCCUCACCUGUCACGGUAAGAAUAAAGCAGAUUCAGUUGGAGCAGGAUACAGCAAAAUCGACCUUCAACCCGCGAACGAGAACAUCCAAUAUCGACCUCAACAGAGCUGGUACCGGAUUGAUGGAGAUCGUUUCGGAGCCGGACAUGAGGUCUCCAGAAGAGGCCGGGGCCUAUGUUCGCACUCUUCAGGCCGUGCUUCGUGCCAUGGGCUCUAGCGACGGUAACAUGGAGCAGGGCUCGCUUCGUUGCGACGUGAAUGUCUCCGUCAACCAGAAAGGUGGGCCACCAGGUAUACGUUGCGAAAUUAAAAAUCUCAACAGCGUACGGUUCAUAAUGGCUGCUAUAAGACACGAGAUCAAGCGACAAACUGAGUACCUCCUCGCUAAUCCUGGUUCAAGCGUACCGCAAGAAACGCGUGGCUUCGAUGAGAAUACCUUCGAAACCUUCCGUCUACGCUCUAAGGAAGAUGCUCCAGAUUAUCGAUAUAUGCCUGACCCAAACCUUGGCGUUCUCGUUCUCAGCCAGUCUCGAAUAGAGGAAAUCCAAAAAAUGCUGCCUGCCUUGCCAUGGGAAAAACGCUCUCGGUUGCUUGAGCAAUAUCCUCAACUCGGUGCAAAGGAACAAAGUCUCGACGUCCUUCUGAACGUCGACAAUGGACGCGAUGUUGGUUUUGAUGGAGAAGAUAGUGGUGGGGUCGUUGGUUACUUUGAAAGCCUAUGUCGAGAGGCCAGAGCAGAUGGCAGAACGGUUAAAAGAGACCCGGUGGUCGUUCUGAACUGGUUGACCCACGAGCUUCUCGGACAACUUACUGCCAGAAAACAGACAUUCAGCGAUAACGCCUUGACCGUCUCUCAGCUUGGCGAGCUCAUUGACCUUGUGCAGAGCAAAUCUAUCACAGGCACCUCUGGGAAAUUCCUGCUACGGCACAUGCUCUCCAGCCCUUCCUCCGAUUCGCCAACGAAAAUUGCGACGGGGCUCGAACUCAUCGCGCUACCGGCGAGCCCGUCCUUUUCUCCUUCGUCGCAAGGGAAGGGGUCAGCUUCGCCGGAACUCCAAUCACUCUGCGAAGCAGCCAUCACCGCUCUACCGUCAGAGGUCGCCGCCCUCCGGGCAGGUAACAGGAACGUUCUGAACAAGAUCGUCGGUUAUGUCAUGAAGCAGAGCAGAGGGCGGGCCGACGCAGUCGCCGUUCGCAACCUGGUGGAGGAACUGGUGCGCUGA